UUUCAGCGUACCUACACUUCUCAUCGUUGCUUUCCUUCUCCACGAGACUCGUCGUGUGAUCGUCAACACCAGAUCACCUGAUGAGCAUCAGCGGAGAGGACAACGAGAUUAUACUGAACGCAAGUCUAUCAAAUUCUCCCGACCAGUUAGACGUUUUUGAGGAAAGUCGUCGAAAUUUUCUCGAGAGUAUCAACGCAACAGUCUCAAUGACCUCCAAUGGCUCAAAAAAUGGAAUCGAGGAUAUUGCAAAUCGUCUGAAACAGAAUGGGAACACUACUUCAACAUCCUUAACAUCCAACAGUGGACUUUAUCCAACCGAUCCAACCAUCAUCUCCAACCAUACUCCUUCGAUGCAAUUGAGUUGUGUUGAAUGUGGAGUCACAAAAGCUAAUUCAGAAGAAAUGGAGAUUCACAUUAAGACAGAACAUCUCAAAUGGCUUCCAUUUCAAUGUCCAAUGUGUCUCGUAGAACGAGCUUCUGAUGCACAAAUGAGAGAGCAUCUUCAUUCAUCACAUCAGAAAAAUAUGAGCAAGUUCAUUUAUGUGGACAAUGUGAAAGCAAAACGGAGAUUACAAAUUCUGAUGGACAGUGCAUUCUCACUGAAUGUCUCGGAACGAGUGAAUGCAAAAAAUCAUCCAUCUUCUUCUACAUCUGCAUCUCCAUACUCACCGACAAGUUAUCACCGUGGAAUGAACUCUUCACCAUCUUCCGGAAGAAACACCUCAACUUCGAAUGGUAGUGCCACGUCAGCUGCAACUGCGUCGGCUCAAGCUGCUGCUACUGCAAUUGUAAAUCAUCACAAAGAAAAAGAGAAGCAAACGGCUCAAGCUACUGCAGACUUUCUCAAGCUUCUCGAUUUUACUGGAAUUAAUGGAGAAAUUGGUGAACAUAAAGCACAAAGUUCUUCCACAAGAAGCUCCAGUGGCAGAAAACGUCCCUAUGUGCCCACAUCUGCCACCGAAGCCAUAACAACUAUGGAAUUGGCUGCUCCGAGUGCGGAAUCGUUUUUGGCCAGCUUGAACUCUUUCAGCCAUGCCCAGACACCUGAAAAUGAGGAAAAUGAUCACCCUACAUUGUUCUCUGUCGACGAUCUCAACAUUGACAGCACUUCCACACUCGCAACGCUUUUCGGUGGAGGCGCCCGAAAAACAAAGUAUGAUGACGGUGAGAUGCCACACGAUGAAGAUCCCUUGUUGGACUCGUUGAAUCCAAUCUCUGUUCUCGAUAACGUCGCCGCUCUCUUUGGCUCCACUCCCGAUAGAAGUGUUGAAACGGAAACAAAGAAGACGUCAAGCAUUUCGAAAAAGCGUGUGCUCGGAGAAUGCUCUAAAUGUCAGAAGCCCGUGACUGCUGGAGCCCGACAAAUGCACAUGUUCUUCCACUUGGCGAAGGAUGAACUGAUUUUCCGUUUCCGCUGCAAGCAUGAGGGAUGUAGUGUCGAGCAUUACCGUAAAGAUCAAAUGGAGAAUCAUCAGUCGAAAGCCCAUGGCAGAAUUGAUCCAGAUAUGAUGGAGGAUCGUUCGCUGGAAUUGUUUCAAAAGUGUCAGGAUCUCUCCAUGGAACUGCUCGGAACUAAAAAUGGAACGAUACCCGGACCGACUGCCGCAAAAGCUGAAAUCGCCUAUGCAGCACAACAAGCAGCCAACGCUCAACGGGUAAGAUCCAGAGGUCACGGAAUAUCAUCUACUACGUCACAAUCUUCAAAUCCUGCAAAUUCUUUACUUGCUGUGUGAUUAAUUUUUUCCUCCCGCUCUCUGAAAACUUUCAAAAGUUUUGGGAAGUAAUUAGAACUCUAAUCUAUCCAAACUUUCUAAACAACCUAUUGCCUGAGUGUGAUAUCCUUGUGUUUUCCUAUCCAUCUUUCCUCCUCCUAUUCCUCCUACCUUCUCAUCUCUCUAUUCUCAUUUCCACCUCCACAAAUUUCAGAAUUCACAAAAGUCGAAACUUCCCGGAUUGUCAAGUCUUUGCUCUUCAACCGCAGGCACUGCUGGUAGCACUUCAAACGGUACAGAUUUCAAGAUAACCAUCGGACCGUUGUUGUCUCCGUAAACCGAUGUUGUUGUAGUUGUCAUGUCAGGAAAUGUUCAUUAGGAACCUUCUAUUUUGUUUGCUUCUCCAAUCAGAAAAUGGGUGAUGAGAAGAAGAGCGCGCCGGUUGUUUCCUCCGAUUUGAGUUUUAAAAGUUUGCAAAAUUAGUUUUUGCGGUAAAAAAUCUUUUGAAAAUUGUCUAAAAAUCAGUUAUGAAAAGUUUGCACAAAAUGUGACCGUUACACACCGAAGUUGAGUUCUUAUUACCUGUCUGCCCCGUUUUCUUUCUGCUUCAUUCAUUAACUUUUUUAUUUAUUUUUCUAUACUUUCCCCAUGAACUUUCCUGUUAUGACAAAAAACGGCGCCCUUCUCCAUCUGAUCUCCCAUUUUUACUAGUGUUCUCUUUAAAUCAAUAUUGUGUAAUCGUUGUGGUGAGCCCGGUUAUUUUUCUAUUUUUCGUUCCGUUUUUUUAUCGUGUUGUGACCUGACCCUCCACUUUUUUACCUCAUUCUUCAUUUUUUUUUCUAUUCUCAAAAUUUCUCUUCUUCAACUUCUACCCAUUUUCAUAUUUAUCAUAGUUUCAUUCUAGGUUACCCAUUUGUGAUUUUUCUCAAUUUUUCUUGAUAUUAUGGUUUCCCCUAUCCCCCCCUAGAGCACAACAAAUCCCAGCGAUCUUUGAAUUUUCGUCUCAUUUAUUUUUUUUUAUUCACAAUUCAUCUCCUCAUUUGGUUGUUACUUUUACAAUGUAAUUUUUUUAUGUGUCCCCUGAUUUUUAGAUUACUUUGACCAAUACCAUUGACUUCCUCAAUCUCUCUCCCCAACAAAUCGGUUGUGAAACAAAUCACCAACGCAAUAAUAAAAUAUGAUACUGAAUUUCACAAAUUCUCUGAAACAAAAAAUUGAGGGAAAAUGAUCGGCGUUGCUCUAAAAUAAUCGAAUACAACAAGCAGACAACACGAAUAUUUAUAAAAUAAAUUUUAAUUUAGGUUUCGGACCUCUGAAGCUUGUACCAGAUGAAGAUCAUCCACUUCAAUGCAGACUUUGUGGAAAAACCAUGCAGAAUAGAAUCCGUGGCUUCCACAUUCUGUGGCAUAUGGCCAAAGAUAAAGGAAUCAAUCGCUACACUUGUAAAUACUGCAACUUUGGGCAUGAUCGCUCCCAAUCUGUGCAAGUCCAUGGAAAGAAAGAGCAUGGAACUGACGAUUGUGUCGAGGAUCGUAUUGGAGAGUAUCAAGACGAUGUCAAGGAAAUGUCCGCGUCCUGUUUCGGAAUCUCCUCGCUUUUUGCUCAGGAGAGCAAACGGAAGAACAAAUUCCCGGCGGCAGCCCCUCGUGAACACAAAGAUCUGGUUUCAAUGGUGAGUAGUA